UGUUACUACUACGAGAAAGACGCGUGAUUCUCCGCGAGGCAAGCCCUCCCUCGGGCUGACGUCACUCGCUCGCAUAAAUAAGGAAUCCGUCUCAUCACGGAUCACAAGCGAAACCCUCAGCGGAAGAAUAACGGCGUUAAACGGAAUAACUGGAAUUUUGACAUUAAACGGAAGACGUUGUAGACGCAAUCACAUACAGGUUUGGAGUCAUGACCUUAAACAAAGGAGACAAGUUGAGGAACAUGGACAAGAGGAGAGGUAGCAUGCCGUUUCCCCUCCACCUGCAGAACUUGCACAGAAGGAGCAUGCCGGUGGAUGACCGAGAGCUGCGCUCGACGACCGAGGCUCAGCCCACCGAGCUGUCCAGCCUCAUGCGCUUCAGUCCGGCAGAGGAGCACAGGAACAGCUGCGUGUCCGACUCCUCCGACUCGGUCAUCUCGUCCGGCAGCGACUCAGACGCCCAGGUCUACAAGGUGGUCCUCCUGGGCGAGCACGGCGUUGGGAAGUCGAGUUUGGCGAGAAUAUUUGGAGGAGUUGAAGACAGUAACGACUGCGAGGAAACAGGAAACACAUAUGACAGAUCCCUCGUGGUCGAUGAUGAGGAGACGUCAGUCCUU